AAAUGGUUUAUAUUCAAACAGGUGUUAAAACUUUAUAUUUAGUUACUGAUUUGAGUAAGGUUGAGCUGACUGAUCAUGAAUGAAGAUUACAUUAAACAAACAAAUUCAACCCAAGCCGGUUUGCUUAUGACAUCACUCGAUAGCUUGAGAGAACAAAACAUUCUCUGCGAUUUCGAUGUCAAAGUCGGUGACAAAUCGUUCCGUGCUCAUCGCUGUGUCUUGGCAGCCUCAUCAGGAUACUUUAAAGCCAUGUUUACGAGCAAAAUGAAGGAAUCUCGUGAUGGUUUUAUCAAUAUGAAGGAUGUCGAUCACAAUGGGAUUUCCCAAUGUAUAGAGUUCAUGUAUAAAGGAGUAGGAAAUUUGAAAAUGGAGUACGUUCAACAAAUCCUGCAAGCUUCCAACCUGUUACAAAUGGUUAGUUUGACAAACUUUUGCUUCCAUUACUUGAAAACCAAUCUCUCUCAAACCAAUUGUCUUUCUGUCAUCAACUUGGCUCAAGCGUACGAUCGUCAUGAUAUAAAAGAACAAGCAGAACAGGUUCUAAUCACUAAUUUUGAAUCAGUAAUUUCCUCUGAGAUGUUCCCGUUCAUUAUCAAGCCAGAUCUCCUUCGUUACAUAAAAGUUUCAAAUGUGAGUUAUCAAACAUCAUGGCAAGCUAUGAUAACAUGGGCAAAAGCAAAAGAUGAAGAUGCAGAGAGAUGUUUUGCCGACCUUGUUACAGUCAUCAAUAUCCAGACUUAUCCUUUUAAAUUUCUUCUGGAGACUGUGUUGGAAGAACCACUGGUGAAAAGUAAUGACAUUGCAAGGAAUUCAGUCAUCACUGCAUUAUUCUCUGAUGUCAAGAAUCUUGAGACAAAUCUUGAGAUUGACAACUGCUUCAUCCUGAAGAAUAUGGCUGAAACUCGUCAAGUUACAAACUCAAAUCCAGUGAAAGAUGUCAUGAAUCGAUUUCUGGAAGCAAAUUUCGAACUAAUCAUUGAGAAAAAAGAGUUCUGUGAUAUAAGCAAGGAUGAUAUCAUAAGAAUUUACAAAUCCCCAGAAACAAAAUAUUCUUCUGAGACUGUUAAGUGGCAUGGAGCUCUUAGAUGGAUAAAGCAUGAUAUUCAAAAAAGGAAAAAAUAUUUUCAAGAAUUGUUCGGCCUUCUCAACCUCAGAAAAUUGCCCCUACAAUUUCUCAAACAAACCGUUCGCUCAGAAACUUUGGUCAAAGAUUCUCGUAAAUGUUACGAUGUACUUUUUGAUGAAAUAAUUUCUCGAGCCGACGAAAAGUUUCCAGAUCAAGAUGCUCAACAAGUGGUUGUCGCUACCCCAAGUGCCAGAUUGCUUUCGAAAACUUCCUUGGGCAACACAGCUUCGAGUCGCCAAAGUUUUAAGAAGGCCCAAGAACCACAGAUGGGAGCAGUGGGUGGAUACAGGAGUGACACUUCAGGAUCUCAGUCUUCAAGUCAAGCUACCUCAUCUGGUCUAAGAAUCAUCAACCAACAACCACCUGGUGGAAGAAUGACAAGUGGAAAGGUUGGAUGAAUCACUGCCAGGAUAUGAAGGGUGGGAACACUCUGUCAUCUCCUACUCAUUCCCUGCUGGAAGUCUGAAUGGUGUUUCAUAUGAGACGAAAGAAUUUACUGAAUAUUUGUCUGCAUCCUGGUACCUUGAAGAGUUGCUCCAGAAAGCAUUCAAUGCAGGAUUGCUCUUCAAGAUUCAGAUAACUGAAAGCAAUGGAGGAAAAAUAAUAUGGAAUAAUGAAAUUUCUCAUAAGACUAACAAACAUGGAGGCCCAAAUAACAAUGGAUAUCCUGAUCAAGUCCAUACCAAAAGGCUUCGUAAAGCAUUGAAGGCAAAAUUAAAGGCAGAAGGAAUCAGAUACUAACAAGAGCAAUGGACAUUGUACACUAUACGAACAAUAUUAUAUUGAAUCUCGUCCAUUUAAAUUGAUACUGUCAUUAUCAUAAAUUUUAGCAGAGAAGGAUAAUAGCGACCACUUACUGAAUAUUAGAAAGUUCUGUGAACUGCAGUAUCAGUCAGAUUUGACUCUGCCUUUUAUGUUUGAAGCAAACUUUGUUCUGUUAGUUUGAGAAUCAUCAAGAAUUAAAUUUGGAAAUGAUUUAUAAUUCAAAUAAGCCUGAAUCUUCAAACAAACAUUUACUAUCUUUCCAGUUUUUGUCCAAGUUUCUCCCAUUUCUUGUCAUGGUUAAUUAAUUCCAUGGUAAUUAUGCAUGUACAUUUAGUAUUUGCUUAGGUACAUACAUACUUUAUAUUCUUGCCCAUUGUAUAAUUCAUUUAGAUUCUUUCAACCUUUCCACUCUACCAAUUUCAUUAUGUAAUUUUUGUGUGUUAUCGCACUUGCACGUUUUAAACUUUUACUCAUCUAUGAUUUAUUCCGACUCUCAUAUCACCGCUACGCCAACUAUGGAGUCAAAUUAUAAACCAGUAUGGCUCCUAAAUUCUAUAUUUACUGCUUCUUCAAAAUUACUAUUCCUAAAGUUCCACAUAUUGCAAUCUGCAGUAUGACCAAUUUUGUUCAACUAUCCAUUCGAUAGGUUUUAUCUUUCCACUGUUAAUUGAUUCCAUCUUAAUUAUG